AUAAUUUUGUUUUUGGGUUUGGAAAAAUUGGGGAAGGAAACCGCCUCAAUGGUAUGGCUUUAGAAUUUUAGAUGUACAGGAUCUGGAGGGCGGCACGGUCGCGCACACGAGCCCCCGUCACCGCGCGUGUGGUCCAGCCCGUCUUCUUCACAUUCUCUGCGUUCUCAGCGCCUCCAAAUUGCACAAAAAACACUCUAAAAUCUCCUUAAAGAACGGAACACUAAUCAGACUUUUCGCGGCAUCAGAAGAAGAAGAAGGAGAAGGAGGAGGAGAAGAAGAAGUAUGCCGAGGAGGAAAAGGAUGAAGCCUAGCUUCACCUUCUUCUUUUGAUUCAUGGCCAGUUCUCAGCAUCGUUGCGUGUUUGUUGGGAACAUACCCUAUGAUGCCACUGAAGAACAGCUCAUUCAAAUCUGCGAGGAGGUUGGACCUGUUGUGUCAUUCAGAUUAGUCAUAGAUAGAGAGACUGGGAAACCAAAAGGUUAUGGAUUCUGCGAGUACAAAGAUGAAGAGACAGCGUUGAGUGCUCGUCGUAAUCUUCAGGGGUAUGAGAUCAAUGGGCGACAAUUACGAGUUGAUUUUGCAGAAAAUGAUAAAGGUUCUGACAGAAAUCGCGAGCAGGGGCGUGGUGGACCUGGGAUGGUUGCAAAUGCCGACAUUCAAAAACAGAUUGGGGGACCGGUGAUCCAUCGCGAUUCUGCUCAUCCAAUUGGUCUGCCUGUGGCCAUGGCUGCUGCAUCAGUCAUGGCAGGAACUCUUGGUGGUGCUCAGACUGGUAGCAAGCCGAAUCAAAAUGGACUGCAGAAUCAAUUGGGUUUAGGUAGUGAUCCAUUGACUCUUCAUCUGGCGAAAAUGUCUAGGAACCAGCUGAAUGAGAUUAUGUAUGAGCUUAAGGUAAUGACUACAGAAAACAGGGACCUAGCUCGGCAGCUAUUGCUUGCCAACCCACAUUUGCCUAAAGCUCUUUUUCAGGCACAGAUAAUGCUAGGAAUGGUGUCACCACAAAUGUUGCAUCUGCCAAAUAUUCAGCAGGCUCCAGGUUCAUUCCCACGGUUGCAAGAUGGCCAACAGGUUCAUCAGUCAUCAGUUCAAACUCUUCCUGGGCUGCCUCCACUUGCACAGAACAAGAUUCAGUUUGGGCUGAUUUCCUCUGUACAAGACUACCAAAUGUCAUCUGUGUCUCAAAAUUCUUUGGUACCUAACCAAUUUUCUGCAGUCCCACAAGCUCUUAAGCAGCCUCAAAUUCAACUUCCACAGGUAGUGCCCAGCCAAGUUCAACAAACCACAUUGCCUGUGCAAUCAAGAGUUUCAACACUUCCAUCAAUACGUCCACAGCCUUCGUCUAAUUUGCCGGUUAGACCACAAAUUCAGUUGGCAACAUCGUCUUCUUUGAAGGAGCAAAUGCAGGCCCCUUUGCUCCAACAUUUGGUGCAAGUUGGAGUUGCAAAUAUAGGGCAGAGUAAUCUGCAGGCUAUUUCAAAUGCAGGCCUUCAGCCUUCUUCGAUUUGUCCUCCAUCAUCUGAGCCAGGCUUUCAGCCUAGUUCUCACACAUUACCGAGCAUUAUGGUGGCGGCCAAAAAGGAUGCAGAUAGGUCUGCUCGAGUUACUGAUGAUGCAGCUAGGAUUGACAGGAGAAAUAAUUCCUAUGCAAGCUUGCCUUUGGGAAAGAUGGCCCGUGAGACAUCUGAACCAAUCAAUCGCCCUUCAAAGCUGGUGAAACUGGAUGACGGUAGUGGUACUUCAGGAACUGGCUCAUUGUCUGUGAAGCAACUUUCGCGUGCCGAUGAAGGGCAGCAAUCUGAGAAACAAGUUCCUCAGUCACAGCUGCUCCCUGAGGUAGAUUCUGCCCUGCUGCAGCAAGUGAUGAACCUCACACCAGAGCAGUUGAGCUCACUGCCACCAGAACAGCAACAAGAAGUCAUUCAGCUUCAACAAAUGCUUCGGUGACUGCCGAGUUGGUUGAUAUGGUGAGUCACGAGCCUGCCCUUCUUGGCAUGACUGCAAGCUACCCAGGAGAAAAUUUUCAAUUUUCCUAGUCAUUUGGUUAUUGGAUUAGUCAGUUUUAGAGGAUUGUAACAUAUAUUAUUUGCAGAGGAUCCAGUUCAGGAUCUGAAAUGCAUCAGGAUCGUAGCAUUCAUGUAACGGUUAUGGACUUGUGAUCAGCUGAUGUGAAAGAAAAAAAUGAGAAAAGAAAUUUUGGCAA